GUUCGUUUCAUGAAUUGACAUUAUUGACAUUGGAAAAGAGGACAAGCGCCAACGCUGGCUGAUUCGAGCUGUGGCUGAUGGGUGUGUGAUGCGAUAUGCUGCUGCGGCUGCCGAAGGAGAGACCUCGAGACGCUUUUUCCAAAUGCAUACUAUCCGUGGAGAAACAGCAGAAACAUGAACGUCCUUCUCAGGGGAACAAAGAAGAGCACGUUGACCAUGCGCGAUGCAUGAACCACAGAAAUAAAAAGAGCUCACCUUUUAUUUUACUACAGUAGACUACUAGUCUACGUGCAUACGCGAGUGAGGAUAUGGACGCCUGCCUUCUACACACAGGGCAAACAAAACGGAAGAAAGAUAAUACCGCGGCAAAAUCUUUCAUUCUCUCUUUCUUUCUCUCACUUUCCCUCCCUCCUCAUACUUUUUUCUCCCCGCCAUUCUUUCCUCCCCCCUCCCUCCAACCGCCCAGCCCAACAAACACCAACACCAUGUCCACCCCUGUACAGCGCGACGAAGAAUCCCGCGGCCUCUUGCACGGCCAACAGGUUUCUCACACUGAAGCCAACGACACCUUCUACGGCCGCACCUUUGGCCAUGUCAACACCCACCGCAAGCGUUACUUUGCACUCUGGCUCCUCGCCGCCACCGUCGCGAUUUCCACGGUCCUGGGCCUGCAUUACUAUCAUAAGCAGAAACACGAGGGCGGACACCAUGAUGAUCCUGAGGGCGAGUCGAAUUUGAUUGCAGGCCUCUUGACGGGUGUCGUCGCGGCUGCGAGACCAAAGGCCCCCGUCUGUGAGUCGGAUCGGUCCUAUCCGAUUGCCAUCCUGUUGUCGAUUUUCUUUGGAUAUAUCGCAGUUGACCGCUUCUACCUCGGCUACAUUGUCUCGUCCCUCAUCAAGCUCGUUACUGCCGGUGGUUUCGGUAUCUGGUACAUCAUCGACAUUAUCCUCAUCAUCAUCGGAGGCCUUCCCGACCACAACGGAUGCCGUCUCACCGCUCCUUAAAACGGACACUGCAAGCAGUCAUCAAUAUUCAUCAUUCGCGUGCACAACAAAGACCAGGAGGGGCGAGAGACAGAUGGAGAUCAGUCGUGUCUUGCGGCUGUUGUAUUUCCCCUCUUCCAGCUCAUUGUAAAUAAAUCAUCAUAUGCACAAAGA